AUGAUUGAGGUAACAAUAAUUAUAAACAACAUCUCUUUGUAAUUAGAGCUAAGUACUGAAGAAACAGUUGAAAAAGUUAAGGAUUUUCUGAUUGAAAAUUUAGAUUUAAAUUUUGGAUAAAAUGGAUGGAACUGUUAUUCAGAAUAAAGAGGAUGCCUUUUGCAACCAAAAUAAAGUAUUGGGACAUGUGAUAACGAUACUUUGAUUUUUAAUAAUACUGAAAAUUUAUACAAAUCAUAAAAAUCUCGCUUUCUUAUAGGUGACAUUAAAAAAUAUAGAUUAGAAGAUUAAUAUUAUAAAAAUCUAGAAAUUUAAGUGGAGUUUUUAACUCAAAAGUAAUUUUUUAUGAUAGAAUUCGAUGUUACAAUUUAAGAGAUCUUUGAUAUUAUGAUUUAGCAUUAGAAUUUAAUUGAUAGCAAAGCUAAUAUCAAAAAGGAAACUCAUGAAUGGAUUUGCUAUUCAAAAUAAAGAAACAUUUUAUUAUAGUUUGAUGAAAUAGUGGGAUACUAUCCAAAUGAUAUUUUAAUAUUUUAUCUUCAAUAAGAUUUGUAAAAUAGUUAAAUCAUAUUCAAAGAAUCCAAUUUUAAUUCAGAAUCAACUAAUAUUAAAUUGGACCAAGAAGAUAUAGAGGAGAUAGUUAUUGAUACAACAAUAUAAGAUUUUCAAUCAGAAAAUUAAUGUGAUCUGAAAAAGAAUUCAGAAUUUGGAGAUUAGCAAAAUAAUAAGUUACUUAGUGUUUCUUAGAAUAGAUUGAAAUGCUAUGAACUUUCAAAAUAGAUUUAAUAAAUAAAGAAGUAAAUAAAUGAUAGAUUUACAUCAAUUAAAGAGUCAUUGAUAGAAAAACUAAAUUAGAAAGAAAAAUAAAUGACAGACUUAUUGUUGAAAGACUAUGAAGAAAUAUUCUAAUUGGCAUUUUCAUUAGAGACACCUAGAAAUUCUUCUAAAUUACAAGAAUUUAUCCUGAAAAAAAACAUAGUUAAUUUCUAGAUAUAGAAGAAUGUUUCAUUAUUGAAAAAUCUUACUUCAACGUGGAAGUUUGAGAUAAAUAAAAUAGGAAAUGAAGAUAUAUUGGAGGUGGAAAAUUCCAGAUUACACUUACAAGUCGAAAGAGAAACAACUGGAAUUGAAUUAUUAAAGUAUCUUGAAUAAUUGUACACAUGUUAAUAGAAUUAUAAAGUUGGGUUUGAAUGCUAUUCCUUAAAAAACAAAAAUAGAAUUAAUAUGACCUGUGAAUUAGGAAAAACAAUACUAAAUGAUGAUAUAAUUGUAACCAAUCAAUUCUUAUUGACAAUUCAAUCAGAUGGAUUAGAAGAAUUUUUAAUAACUGUUGAAAAGCUGAGAGGAAGACAACAUUGUAUUUGA